AAAUUGUAUCAUCCACCAAACCAAAUACUCUAUAAGAAGAAACCCAUACUUCCUCUUCUUCUUCAACCACAGCUCUUCCUCUUCUUGCCAUUUUCCAUUUGCUCAAAACAAUCUGCAAUCUUCAGAUAUGACAUCAGCUCAUAGGGGUUCAUCUCUGCCCAAGUUUGGUGAGUGGGAUGAAAAAGAUCCUGCUGCAGCUGAAGGGUUCACAGUGAUUUUCGAUAGGGCUCGAGACACUAAGAAGAAUGGAGGAACUCCAAAUAAUGUGAUACCACAGGAAAACCAAAUCCAAAACCAAUACCGAAGUAAAAAUCAUGAAGCUGCUAAGAAGAAUCAGAAGCAAAAGUAUCCAAGAAAGGAGAAAGCAUCGCAUAGCUGCUUGUGCUUCUGGUAGGCUUCUUGUGGUGGGUUUUUAACUGCAGAGAUUGAUGCUUUGUUGAUUCAAUUGGUUGUGUAUACAGUUUUCCUUUUGGUGUCUUAUUUUUGGUAAAUUUUUAUGGGGUUUUCUUUCAGUUCAUUACAUUAGGCUUCUUGGGUUUCUUCCUUCUGUACUUAAUCCAUUGUUUAUAGAAAGAAAAAGUUGAGUUAUAUUAUUUUAUUGUGAAAUAAGUUUUGAAUUUGGAGCUUCUUUUGUCAAUGCUAAUACAUGGUUCUUUUGA